UGUUAUAGUUUUGCUGCUGGACUCCUCCCUCCCUCCCCCCACCCCAUCAGGAUGGUAUGAGACUUGAAAGAAGACGAUGCAUACAGGAGGAGAGACUUCAGCAUGCAAACCUUCAUCUGUUCGGCUUGCACCGUCAUUUUCAUUCCAUGCUGCUGGCCUUCAGAUGGCUGGACAGAUGCCCCAUUCACAUCAGUACAGUGACCGUCGCCAGCCAAACAUAAGUGACCAACAGGUCUCUGCCUUAUCUUAUUCUGACCAGAUUCAGCAACCUCUAACUAACCAGGUGAUGCCUGAUAUUGUCAUGUUACAGAGGCGGAUGCCCCAAACCUUCCGUGACCCCGCAACUGCUCCUCUGAGAAAACUUUCUGUUGACUUGAUCAAAACAUACAAGCAUAUUAAUGAGGUCUACUAUGCAAAGAAGAAGCGGCGGCACCAGCAGGGCCAGGGAGACGACUCCAGCCACAAGAAGGAGCGGAAGGUCUACAACGACGGCUACGACGACGACAACUACGACUACAUCGUGAAGAACGGCGAGAAGUGGAUGGACCGCUACGAGAUCGACUCCCUCAUUGGCAAAGGCUCCUUCGGACAGGUUGUGAAGGCAUAUGAUCGUGUGGAGCAAGAAUGGGUUGCCAUUAAAAUAAUAAAGAACAAGAAAGCUUUCCUGAAUCAGGCCCAGAUAGAAGUUCGACUUCUUGAGCUCAUGAACAAACACGAUACUGAAAUGAAAUACUACAUAGUGCAUUUGAAACGCCACUUUAUGUUUCGAAACCAUCUCUGUUUAGUUUUUGAAAUGCUGUCCUACAACCUCUAUGAUUUGUUGAGGAACACCAAUUUCCGAGGUGUCUCUUUGAACCUCACACGGAAAUUUGCACAGCAGAUGUGCACUGCCCUGCUUUUCCUCGCGACUCCAGAGCUUAGUAUCAUUCACUGUGACCUAAAACCUGAGAAUAUCCUUCUUUGCAACCCCAAACGCAGUGCAAUCAAGAUUGUUGAUUUUGGCAGUUCUUGUCAACUGGGGCAGAGGAUAUACCAGUAUAUUCAGAGUCGCUUUUAUCGGUCCCCAGAGGUGCUACUGGGCAUGCCUUAUGACCUUGCUAUCGACAUGUGGUCCCUGGGCUGUAUUCUGGUUGAGAUGCACACUGGGGAGCCUCUGUUCAGCGGCGCCAAUGAGGUAGAUCAGAUGAAUAAAAUAGUGGAAGUCCUGGGUAUUCCACCUGCUCAUAUUCUUGACCAAGCACCAAAAGCAAGAAAGUUCUUUGAGAAGUUGCCAGAUGGCACUUGGAACUUAAAGAAGACCAAAGAUGGAAAACGGGAGUAUAAGCCACCAGCAACCCGUAAACUCCAUAAUAUUCUUGGAGUAGAAACAGGAGGGCCUGGCGGGCGUCGUGCUGGGGAGUCGGGUCACACGGUAGCUGACUACUUGAAGUUCAAAGACCUCAUUUUAAGGAUGCUUGAUUAUGACCCCAAAACUCGAAUUCAACCUUACUACGCCCUGCAGCACAGUUUCUUCAAGAAGACAGCCGACGAGGGCACAAACACCAGUAACAGCGUGUCCACGAGCCCCGCCAUGGAGCAGUCCCAGUCCUCGGGCACCACCUCCAGCACCUCGUCCAGCUCAGGUGGAUCGUCAGGGACGAGCAACAGUGGAAGAGCCAGGUCGGACCCAACGCACCAGCAUCGGCACAGCGGCGGGCACUUCACAGCUGCUGUCCAGGCCAUGGACUGUGAAACCCACAGUCCCCAGGUGCGUCAGCAAUUCCCUGCCCCCCUCGCUUGGUCAGGCACUGAAGCUCCUACUCAAGUCACUGUUGAAACCCAUCCCGUUCAAGAAACGACCUUCCAUGUAGCCCCUCAGCAGAACGCACUGCAUCAUCACCAUGGGAACAGCUCCCACCACCACCACCACCACCACCACCACCACCACCACCAUGGACAAGCCUUGGGUAACCGGACCAGGCCAAGGGUCUACAAUUCUCCAACGAAUAGCUCCUCUACCCAGGAUUCUAUGGAGGUUGGCCAUAGUCACCACUCCAUGACUUCCCUGUCUUCCUCAACUACUUCUUCCUCCACAUCUUCCUCCUCUACUGGUAAUCAAGGCAAUCAGGCCUACCAGAACCGCCCGGUGGCUGCUAAUACCUUGGACUUUGGACAGAAUGGAGCUAUGGACGUUAAUUUAACCGUCUACUCCAACCCCCGCCAAGAGACUGGCCUAGCCGGACACCCAACAUACCAAUUUUCCGCUAACACAGGUCCUGCACAUUACAUGACUGAAGGACAUCUGACAAUGAGGCAAGGGGCGGAUCGAGAGGAGUCCCCCAUGACGGGAGUUUGUGUGCAACAGAGUCCUGUAGCUAGCUCGUGACUAAAUUGAAACUUGAGUUUGUUUCUUGUGUGUUUUUAUAGAAGUGGUGUUUUUUUUCCAAAAAAAAACAAAGUGCAAAGCUGCUUGAAUCAGAAGGAGAUGAACACACUGAACCGCUACAAGAGGGCAAAGCUGACUUUUUUUUAACUUGAAAAGAUUGCAGAGGGACAGUGAAGUUUUUAAAAGAGCCAUGUCCAAGCCCAUCUUCACGGAUAGCUCGGAGGGUCCUCUCUUUGCCUCCCCAUUUCAACUCGCCACAGCCCAGUCAUAGUGGGGUUUUUUUGGUCUUUCUAGUCCACAAAAGUUACUGUUCAGAUGUUGGCCUUGGUCACCUGCCGACUAGUUUCCCAAAGGCGCUGCACACGGUGUGCAUCAAGGGCCCCGGGAGGGGCUUUCCUUUCUUAUUUUCUUUUUUUUGGGGGGGGGGGGGGGGUUCCGUUUUGUUUGGGGGGGUGGGAGAUUUGGGUUUUUAAGUCCUAAACACACUUGGGCACGGAAAUGCAGUGCUGUAAGGAAGAGGGACCUCCAGCUUGCACAAGCAUCACCUCCAGCUGUACGGAAGGGUCGGUCGUGUGGGCCCGUGAGGCGCCGGAGCGUGCUGAGUGGCGGGGUCAGGACUCCUGUCUGGGCCUACCGGCGAGCCAAGCGGCAGUCACGGGGAUCCGGCGGCUUCCUGUGGUCGAGGCCACGGCGCAGUAGCGGUGGAGCGAGACUGGCCUCCUGACAGAGGUGCACUGAGAGGCAAUCACGGGUCGGGCGCGGCCAGUCCCGGGAGGCCUGAGUGGUGGUCUUUGGGGUGACCUUUGGCCUUAUGGAUUGGACUCGACAUGAGAAGAGCCUACCAUUUCAGAUGCAAUCACUCUUGGACAUGCUUUCGCAGACAGUCCUUAAUGCUGAAAACACAGAGAAUGGGUAAUUCAAGAGGCCUUUCUUUUAAAUAGACUUCGGUGACCCACUAAUUGUAAGGUAUUGCAAGGUCACUUUGCGUGUGUCAUAAAGUUGACUUCCUUAUUGGUUGAAGGUCACAGAAGUAGUGGUUUGCUUUGAUGGAAAUAGCUACAGCUGUGUCCCUUCCUGCUUUUUACUUUUUUCUUUUGCUUUUUCUCAGCACGUGGUAUCUCCACCAUUUCUUCUGCACAAAGAUGUCUUCUGUUCAUCCUGAACAUUUUUAAAAAAUGCAGAAUUUUAUGUGACUGCUUUUUUGCCUCACAAUUAUGCUGUGAAUUUUACAAAAAUUUAUUUUCUUUUUUGAUAAUUUAUUGUACCAAAGCUGUUUUUAUAGCACAUAGAUGUCUGUAACCAAUAAUGUAGCAGUUCUGCACUUUGACACAAGGCGUAACUAGACCAUUUUAAAUGUCAGUUGAGAAUUAUGGCUGUACUAUUGCUUAAACAAAACUGGAACUGCUGUUGAACCCAUAGCCAACCCACUUACAGCACUCUGUGUACUGAACAUGUAGAGCGCCACCUAACUCGAGAUCACGACAUCUGCUCCAUUCUCGGUGUGCUCAGGCUUCUGAGGUAAAGGGACACUGGAUGCAGGCGCUGCGGACCCAGCAGCCGACUCUUGUUUUCCUGACUAGCCUCCUCGCGAGCGCGCAGGCGGGUCCUCGCCGCACGCUCAGGUCCGGAGGGCGAGCGGGAGUGAAGCAUCAGGUCGCGCGUGACCUGAGGUGAAGGCUGGUGUUUGACAAACAGGUGCCUAGUUUUGAGAUGAUGCUGCCUUAAUGUAACACAGUCUGGCAGUCGCUAAAUUUGUGUUCCCAUUUAAACUGACCAAUUUGAGGGCGUUACACUUUUGAGUGGUUGAAUUGGGAGAAUGAAGAGAAGUGAUUUUUACCUGUCCAGGAUCAAAAGAAGCCUAGAAAAGAAGCAGUAAUCUACCUCUGCCGUAACCUGUCAGAACACUCAGCAGAACACCACAGUACUCUAGAUUGGUCGAUUCUAUGUGGCUGACGAGGCCAUUUUUUUCUGAUCAAAAGCAGGUUUUUAUAUGUAAACAGUGACAGAAGAAAGGCUUAAACCUCUGUGAAUGUGAAUGGAAACUUGGAAAUACUCGUUUUUAUAAACCACACAUUUUUUUUGUUGUUAAUCAGGAAAUCCAUAUUUAUUUUGUAAUUAAAUGUCAAGCCUGUGGAUGACUUAAACUUGGUAGUUCCUGAAGGUUUCCCGUGAAUAAAAGGAUGUCAUCUGGAGAAUAGCAACAUCGAGAGGGAUCCACUACUUACUGCUGUCUCGGGAUCUAAGGUUAAGAGAGUCUAUGGGUCAGGUCAUUUUUUUCUGUGCUGGUUGCCACAUCUUAGCAAGCACCAAAAAAAAAUAAAAAGCCGUUUUUAAACCGCUGCUCACAUAAAGGGAAUCAUAAGCCCAGUGCGCUGCAUACUGUGUUAUGUUACAGUCCAGUUUUGUGCUUUACUACACGGUUUGGUUACAGGACUUCUGUGCAUUGUAAACAUAAGCAGCAUGGAAAAGGUGAAAUACCUGUGUGCAGAUGUAAGAUCUGGUCCGGACUUGCUGUGUAUAUUGUAACGUUAAAUGAAAAAGAACCCCUUUGUAUUAUAGUCAUGCGGUCUUAUGUAUGAUAAACAGUUGAAUAAUUUGUCCUCAGACUCUUUACUAUGCUUUUUUAAAAUUAAUUUAAGAAAUAUGUAAACAGAGUAAAAUCUUCCUAUGCAA